ACGCGACGUUAGUCACCCAAACUGUUGCGGUUACAUGGCCGCUCAAGGAGUCUCUUCGGAAUCUUGAAAACAACAAAAUGGAAGAAAAGCCAGACGCCGACGCCACCGCCACCGCCACAACAGUCACGAACAUUAACGAUCUCCCACAAGACGUCCUGAUCCACAUCCUCUCUUUCAUUCCCACACUAGACACAAUCACAACAAGCCUUAUUUCCACAAAAUGGAAAACUCUUUGGUCCUCAGUCCCAUAUUUAAACUUCUCUUACACUCAUUUCCCUCCUUACAACAAUUUCUCCACAACCCGGCAAUUCUUUUCAGAAUUCAUUGACCGAACACUAAUUCUCAAACCCCAGUUGCCCCUUAAAAAAUUCAGGCUUGAAUUCAUCUAUGAGGAUAGGUAUGGGUACCAUGUUGAUUCAUGGGUACGUUAUGCAAUCAAGAACCAAGUUUUAGAACUUGAUCUUGAUUUCUUUAUUGAUAAAAGUUUUCAUAUUUUUGAACCAGCAGCAAAACCCAAUUAUGAUUUCCCUUUUUCUGCUCUUAGAAACAGUAAAGUUAGAGUCUUGAAGUUGUGUAGAUGUGAUUUGACAUUGCCUGCUAAUAUGGAAAGUAUGAAUCUCUGGUCAAUGAAUGAGGUUUAUUUUGAUCAGGUUUAUAUGACUGAUGACAUGGUUUUGGAUUUGUUCAAAGCUUGUCCUAAUAUCGAGGUUUUAAAGUUUGAAGAUUGUUAUGGGAUGGAGAAUUUGAGGCUUUGUUCAGAGAAGUUGAAAAGGCUGGAUCUUUCUAGUUUUUAUACUGCUGAGAGGGAAUUGCAUUUGGAGCUUGAUUGUCCUAAUCUUGUUUGGUUGAAUAUUGAUUGCUUUGAGAUGGGGCAGUUUUGUGUUAAAAAUUUGUCUUCUUUGGUCGAGUUUCAUACUUUUAUUGUGCAUGGAUUGGAGUACUAUGGUCAGUGGUGUAAAGUAGUGAAGCAGCUUCAUCGAAUUGCACACAUCAAGCAUCUCGUGGUGCAAAAUUGGUGGCUUAAGCUUGCACCCAAGGAUGUUUUUCCUAAAGAUUUUCUGCUGUACAAUCUUAAACAUUUAGAGCUACAAACUGGGUAUACGACAUAUGAUCUUCUUGGCCUGGCUGCAUUGCUUGAGCUUUGCCCCAAUCUUGAGACAAUGAACCUUGAUCCCCUCUACAAGAUAGUUGAAGAUGAGAGUUUGUCAGAAGAACUCUUAAAUAAACCAAUUAAUCUCUUCAUGCCAAACCUCAAGGAAGUCAGGCUGAAAGCAUACGUGCCGGGACAAAAUCAAAAUCAAUUUAGUCAAUUUGUGUCCCUCCUGAAAAAGCAAGGAGUUGUCCUCGAAAAGAUUGUUCUAGUCUCUUUGUGUAAUGGGAUGUCACUUCCUCCCGUAAUUCUGCGUAGAAGGCCUCCAAGGGCUGAAGUUAACGAAGAAUCUUCACUGCAUGUUGAAGGAAGCCCUGAGCGCUGAGGUUCCCAUUUUCGUUUCUUCAUCUGGUGCCUAGGAAUGGGUAGCGGGCAGCCUUUGUUUCGCUGUAGCACCUUCUCGAAUUGGUCCUCCGUUUCUUUGUUAUUUGAUCAUAGCUUCUCUGAAUAUUUUAGGAAUUUUUAGUUGAAUUUUGUUGACAGUCAUAAUUCUUUCUGGACAAUCAUAAUCUUCAAUUGAUUAAAAGCUAGGAAUGCUGUGAUUCUUGCUUUCCAUUU